AUGGAGGGGGAUUUGGUAUUAGCUGAACCAACAAUACCUGAACAUAUGAUAAAAUUUCCAAAAUUACGUGAAAUUACGGGAUCACUUUUUAUAUAUGGAUUUCAUUCUAUUAAUUCUUUAACUAAUGUUUUUCCAAAACUUGCUGUUAUUGGUGGAAAUUCUCUUAUUAUUAAUUAUGCUUUAAUUAUUCAUACAUGUUCAAAUUUUUCAUAUAUUGGUAUGCCAUCUUUAAAACUUAUUAAAAAAGGUGGUAUUAGAAUAACAAAUAAUGAUAAAAUUUGUUAUACACAAACACUUGAUUGGACUCAUAUAACAGAUGGUAGAACUAGUAAUAUUAUUGUAGAAGAUUCCUCCAAAACAAGAUGUCCAAAAUUUUGUAAAGUAGAAAAUGAAGAUAUUUGUCAUAAAAAAAAUGAUAAAAUUGCUUGUUGGAGUAAAACAAAAUGUCAAGAUAAAUGUGAUUAUAUUAUUGAUAAGGGACCUGGUUGUACACCUAAUGGUGAAAAAUGUCAUGACUUAUGUGUUGGUGGUUGUUCUAAAGCUGGAGAUCCUUCUUAUUGUAACUCAUGUAGAUAUACUAUGCAUAGAGAUAAAUGUGUAGAAAGAUGUCCUAAAGGUUUUUAUAAUUAUAUGAAUCAUAGAUGUGUUACAGAAAAUGAAUGUAUGAAUAUGAGACCUUAUAUAGAUAUUGCAUCUGGUUUAAAUAUGUUAGAAGAAUAUAAAGCAACUGAUGAUGGUGAAUGUACUACUAAAUGUCCUAAAAAUUAUGAAGAAGAUAAAGGUAAUCCAAAGAAAUGUAUUAGAUGUAAAGGAAUAUGUCUUAAAAGAUGUAUAUCUAAUGUUGAUAUUGAUUCUAUUGCUGCACUUGAAAGAUUUAAAGGAUGUCAAAUUGUUGAAGGAAAUUUUACUCUUAAAUUAACUGUUGGUACAUCUGAUAUUUCACCAGAAAAAUUAGAAGAAUGUUUAGGUGAAAUUGAAACUAUUAAUGGAUAUCUUCAAAUACAUUUUACACCUUCUGUUAUAUCACUUCAUAUGUUUAAAAAUCUUCGUGAAAUACGUGGAGAUUUUUUACAUAAUAAUAAAUAUGCUCUUGUUAUAGAAUAUAAUGAAAAUUUACAGACACUUUUUCCUGGUGAUGGAAAAAAUAUAACAAUAAGAAAUGGUAAUGUAACAAUAACAAAUAAUAUACAAUUAUGUGAAAAUAAGGCACGUGCAUUUCUUCAAACUGUUGGUAAAUAUUAUAAUAAUUCUGAAUAUCUAAAUGCUCUUAAGACAAAUGGUGAAAGAGCUAUAUGUAAUGAAAAAUUAUUAAAUUUAAGUUUUGUUGAUAAAAAUGUUGGUUUACCAAAUGCAUUUUUAAAUCUUCAAUGGGAUAGUUUAAAUACAACUGAAAUGGAUUAUAGAAAAUUUCGUGCAUAUCAAAUAUUUUAUAAAAAAGUUAAAGAUAAUACAACAAAAAUUGAUAUAUUUGCUAAUCGUUCUGCUUGUGGUGAUUCAUGGAAAAGUAUCAUUAUUGAAGAUACAACACAUAGUGGAGCAACAAUAAAAAAUUUAGAACCAUAUUCAUGGUAUGCUGUUUAUAUGGAAACAAAAGUAAUGCCACAUAAUACUGCUUUUAAGGCAAGAUCUCCUGUUAUUAUAGGGCGUACUGGUCCUGGUCGUCCAUCAAAUGUACAAAAUGUUCUUAUUAAAGUUUCAAAUAAUAGAGAAAUGGAAAUAAAAUGGAAUCCACCAGCUAAACCUAAUGGUAUUAUUGCUUAUUAUGAAGUUUCAUGGAAACUUAUACCACACUCACUUGAUACAAUUGAAGAUGAUCCAUGUGAUACUAAAGCACCAACCCGUCGUACAGAAAAAUAUUUACCAAUACAAGAUAAAUUAUUAUCAACACAAUUAACUACAAAUGAAGGUACCUGUUCAGCUAUUCAAGGUUGUUGUAGAUGUAAUCAAGAAAGAGAUGAUGAAAAUAUAUAUUCAAAACAAAUAAAUACACUUUCUAAUGAUGAAAAAGAGUUAGAAAAUCAUGAAUUUCAAGAUAAAAUGCAAAAUUUAGUUUGGAAACAAAGAAUUAAGAAAGAAGCAAGAUUUGUUCGUACAAUUACAAGUACACCAUUAAAUAUUGAUAAAAAUGUUCCUGAUGAUAGUUUUGGAGGAUUAAUUGAACAAUUAGAUGCUCCAACAAAUUAUAAUGAUGGAGGAAGUGUUAAGAUAAAUCGUACUUCAAAUCUUCAAUAUACAAUCAAAAAUCUUCGUCAUUAUGGUGAAUAUUAUAUUGUUAUUAAUGUAUGCCUUAUUGGUGUUUAUAAAGCUGAGAAUGAACAUGAUAAAAAUGAACAAUGUUGUAAAAAUCCUUUUCAUACAACUAAAGUAACAGAAAAACAACUUAACUUUGAUAAAAUUAAUAAAGAUUCUAUUUUUAUUUUGAAUUCUACUACUGAGGAGAGUAAUCGUGUUGUUACAUGGAAUAAUCCAACAAAUCCUAAUGGUCUUGUUCUUGGUUAUAAAAUAACAUUAAGAAAUAUGGAUGCUGAACAAACACCAUUACAACAAUGUAUUUCAAUGUCAAGUUUACCUAUUGAUUCUAAAGGUGAACGUGUUUUACCUUUUGCUAAUUUUACUGGUCUUGCUAAUGGAAGAUAUUCUAUAUCUAUUAGAACAAUCUCAUUAGCUGGAUUAAGUGAUGAAGUUAUUUAUGAUAAUAUUUUUACUAUUAGUGUUUUUGGUUUAUUUACACCUACAAAAAUUGUAAUUGUUGUAAUAUUUAUUAUUUUUAUUUUAAUGUUAAUGAUUUUAUCUAUUUAUUGGUAUUUUAAUAGAUCAUUUGGAAGAAAAGUUACUGAAGCUAUUAGGCAAACUAUAUCAUCAAAUCCUGAAUAUCUUUCACAAUUUGAUGUUUAUAAACAAGAUGAAUGGGAACUUAAACGUAAUGAUGUUGUUCUUGAGGAACAAAUUGGUAGUGGAACAUUUGGAAAUGUUUAUAAAGGUUAUGGUAAUAAUGUAGUUACUUUUUCUGGUAUCAAAUUUGGUCCAUGUGCUAUAAAAACUGUACGUGAAAGUGCAACACCAGCCGAAAAACUUCAUUUUCUUUUUGAAGCUAGUGUUAUGAAAAAAUUUCAUACAUCAUUUAUUGUUAAACUUUAUGGUGUUGUUAGUGAAGGUCAACCUGUUCUUGUGGUUAUGGAAAUGAUGGAAAAAGGAAAUUUAAGAGAUUUUUUAAGAUCACAUAGACCAAAUUCAGAGGAUAAUGUUGAUAAUAAACCUAUUCCAUCAUCACAAAAACUUACUAAUUGGGCUGCACAAAUUGCUGAUGGAAUGGCAUAUCUUGAAAGCCGUAAAUUUUGUCAUAGAGAUUUGGCGGCUCGAAAUUGUCUGGUUCAUAGAGAUGAAAUUGUUAAAAUUGGAGAUUUUGGUAUGGCAAGAGAUAUUUACUAUCAUGAAUAUUAUCAACCAGCGGGUAAACGUUUAAUUCCAGUAAGGUGGAUGGCUCAAGAAAGUUUAAAAGAUGGAAAAUUCUCCGUAAAAUCUGAUGUAUGGUCAUAUGGAAUUGUUUUAUAUGAAAUGUUAACUUUAGCACAACAACCAUAUGCAGGAUUAGAUAAUCCUGAAGUAUUCCAAUAUAUAGUUAAUUCAAGGAGAAUUUUAUCUCGUCCUCAAGGAUGUGCUGAUUUCUGGUAUAAUACAAUGAAAAAUUGUUGGAGAUAUAAUCCAAGUGAUAGACCAUCAUUUUUUCAAAUUUUAAUGCGUCUUGAACCAUAUACAACAGAAGACUUUAAGCAACAAUCAUUUGUAAUAAAUAAUUAUGAAAAACUUAAAAAUGAACAUAAAAUGGAUUAUGAAUUUGAUCUUUCUGAUGAUGACGAAGAGGAGUAUGAGGAAGAGGAAGAAGAAGUAGAAGAAGACACUGAUAAUAUGCUACUAGAUCAUACAUUUUCAAAAUCAAAAUCUACUGGAAAUUAUCUUGAAGUGAUAAAUGAAGAUGAGAAAUCAGAAGAAACUAUACCAACUCGUUCUAAGAAACAUGUGAGAAUCUCAGACAAUAGUGAUAAAGAACAAAUAGAGUUGUUGUCAAUUGAAAAUUGUGAUUCAGUUGCGUAA